AUGAAGCGCAGGACCCAAACAAUAAUCAAUCUGGCACAAGCGGUUGGAGUUGCAGAUAUCAAUUCAUUUCCAAAACACAUUACUUUAACAUCGGAAUCAAAUACAUUCCAUACUUUGACGGCCAUUCAGGAUGGAUUUGAGGGCACUCCGAUACCAACAUCAUCUUUAGACUUGACGUUAGCCAAUGAUUUGCCUGCUGUUGAUACGCCUUUAUAUACUGAAGCCUAUCUAAAUCCUGCAGUUCGUUCAGAUAAAACUAGUGAAUCAAAUUUGCCAGUAGUGUGUACGAAUAUUUCACCAGUACAAAAUAAUGACGGCAUGUCAAUUGAAAUAAUAUAUAAAAACGAUGACAAAGGUGGCUUAUCUGAUAUUGAUACAAGCAUACUGGAUGCUGUGAAUUUGUUUUCCUCAUCCGAAGUCGAAUCUGCUAUGACACUUGCACUUGAUCACUCACCUCCAGAGAAUGAUGGAAAUAUAGAAAAACAAACAGAUAGGUUGGAAAUUGAAAAUGACGAGGAAAAUGAAACUAUUAUGCAUUAA